CCUCACUCCUCGAAAAUUCUCAAAUCGUCACAACAAUGUCAGAAUUGAGCAGGGAAAGAUAAAGCAGAGCAGCAUGAGGAGUUCUGGUGAUAAUACGGGUGGUCAAGUUGGUGGUGCUGCAACGAUUCAACCCGACCAGAAUGAUGGGAAGGGUGGUAAAAAGAGGAAAGAGUUGAAUGCGGACCCGAGCGAUGAUUCAGAUUCCAGUGAUGUUGUGAGACGUGAGGAGAGAGCAGAACGUGGGGGCCUCAAGAAAAGCCGAAAGCACAGGAGAAAAAGUUUAGAAAGUAGCCCUCAGAAUGAUGAUGACAGGGAGCGCGAUCGAAGAAAGCGGCGAAGAAAGCGGGAGAAGGAGAGGGACUUUAGCAGCGCUUCAUCGAGCGAUGAUGAUGUCAGCUCAGAAGAGGAGGAGCGAAGGAGGAGGAAGCGUCAUAGAAGACGGAAAACUGCGCGCAAAAGGAGGGAGACCAGUAGCAGUGCUUCGGAGUCUGACGAGGACACCGAAAGCGAUCGGAAGAGUAGGAGACGGAGAAAAAAGCGGGCUCGGGUCAGGGAAUCAGAAUCCGAAAGCACAGACAGCGAAGGCAAGUUGAGGAAGAAGAAAGGGGAGAGGGGCAAAAAGUCAAGAGAUAAAAGCAAGGCUCCGUCAGAGGCGGAUAGAAAGAAACUGAAGAAAGAGAAGAAAAAGAAGAAGAAAGAGAAGCUGGGGAGCGGGGCUGUGACCGACCGCUACGGAAAGUAUGGACUGAUCAGGGAGGUGGACAUGUGGAACAAGCGACCGGAGUUUGGGGCGUGGUUGUCUGAAGUGAAGCAUAUCAAUAUCGAGACUCUCCCCAACCGUGAAGAGCGAGAGCUGUUCAAAGACUUCAUGGAGGACUACAACACGGCGACCCUGCCCUCCAAAAAGUACUACAACAUAGAGCUGCAUCAUAGGAACAAGGUCGCCAAGAUGCACGCGCGGGGGCAGCAGGUGGUCCAAGCGGAGAAAGUGGUCUUUGAUGACGAGGCGGAGAAGAGGGUUGAGCUGCAGCGGCAGCGGGACCUCAAGAAGGAGGAAGACUACCAGGCAUACAAGGCGUCCAUGGCGGCAGGAAUGGCCCAGGACAUGCGCGAGCAGGACCACUUGCGCAACGAGAUGCAGUACCAGUACCGGCUGGGCAACAUGGAGGCGGUCGAUACCAUCAAGCGCCGCCUUGCUCCUGAAGACCCAAACACGGUGGUCCCGUGAUCAGGAACGUAGGGGAUGUUCCAAGUUUGAUGCUUGGUGGCCUGCUUUUGCUCGUCGCAUCUGUCUAGUACCAACUUGCCGAUCAGAUAAGCAUAAGGGGGAAAGUUGCCACACACCCUACACAUUCGCUUCCGGCUCGUGGCGUGCCUCCGUGGUCUCCAGCAUCCUGUGCUCUAGGGUCGGUUGUUUCCCGCUGUCACGUGCUCAACGCGGAGGUUGGAUGUUUUCGUCAUAUUGGUGCGCUUAUUAUGGCCGC